UGUUUGUUCUUUGGCGUCGCGAGAACGAGGACGACACUCGGGUCGAUUGCAAGGGGAGGAGCGUCCAGCUGAUUGCCAUCGUCUCGUCGACAAGCGAUCGAUCGAUCGAGCGAUGCAACGUCGCUGCAGAGAGUUUCUGUGACGGUGUGUGUGAGUGCAGGAGGCAGAUCCGUUGAGUGACGUGAUUGGGAAUGAUCGCGGCCGAAAUUGAUUGACUAAUGCUCUCUGCGUUCGCUUGUGCGAUUGAGACGUGACUGAGUGUAGCGCUGCCGUUCCGGAGCUGCAAGGAUAGGGAAUUGUGUGCUGCGUGUUGGCUGUAGGCGCGGGCUUCCAGGAUUUCGCUUGGCAUUGCUCUGUGCCGUGCGGGGUUUGAGUGAUUUUGUGUCCGUGUUUCGUCGUGUUUACGUUUGCGAAAUCGUGUAAUGUCUGUAGGACGUUUUGGAUGUGCGUUAUUUCAGAGAAUAGCGGAUGUGGCUAGGGUAGAGCUCAGGGAGGACUAACUCCAAUCUUACUCUAGUCUGGUAUAGAGUGUCUUAAUGGAGAGGGCUUUUGCAUUGUGCUAGAGGGACGAUUAUUGGAGUGUCCUGAUAAUUACUCUGUUUAGAGCCUGUUGAGGGAUGUGUUUCCUGGAGGUCCUUCAAUCCUGCUGUUUCCGCGUAAGCGCAUUAGAUAUCUUGUCUUAGUUUUUGAAUUUUACCUUUUCUCUCCUGAGAAUAUUAUUCUGGUGGUGUUAGAAUAGAAGGGAAGUGCAGUUUUAAGGUGUUGAUCCCUCGUGUCGACAAGUGCUGGACGAGGCCACAUGCAUUUCUCAUUGUGAAGGCCUACUUUGGUAUCAGAUCUUUUGUCAGUUGCUUUUCGCACUGCUUGUCGGACUUGCAAAAUGUUUCAAGAUCUGUGCCACUGCACACUCAAGCAAGGAAGUGGAACUUCUAUUAGUCGAGAGGAGGAUAGGAUGAAUGAGAUAGCUGGUGAUUUGACUCAGUCACAGCAUGAUACGCUUAUCAAGUUCCGGGACAUACUUUCAGAGCAAUGUCUGCUUAGAAAGCGAGAUGAUGACUACACGUUGUUACGAUUCUUACGUGCCCGCGGUUUUGAUAUUCCCAAAGCUAAAGCAAUGUUUGAGGCCAUGCUGGAAUGGAGAGCAGAAAUUGGUGCUGACACUAUCAGAGAGACGUUUGAUUUUCCAGAGAGGAAAGCUGUACGAGAGCUUUAUCCACAUUUUCACCACAAAACAGACAAGCUUGGCCGACCUGUGUAUAUUGAAAGAUUAGGCCAGUUGAAUUUGGACGAGCUACUCAAGAUUACGACUAUGGACCGCAUGUUGCUGUACCACGUGAAAGAGUGGGAGGUUCUAAUAGAUUCGAAGUUUCCGGCUUGCUCUAAAGAAGCAGACACCUGUGUUUCGCAGUCGCUUACGAUUUUGGAUCUUAAAGGAGUGACUAUGAAGCAUAUGAGCAAGCAGGUGCGGCACUUCAUUCAAAAAAUUACCAAGCUUGACCAGGACUACUACCCAGAGUAUUUAGGAAAGAUGUUCAUUGUCAAUGCUCCAACUGCGUUUAAGGCAACGUGGGCGAUGAUCAAGCCUUGGCUGGACAAGAGGACUCAGAAAAAGAUUGAACUUCAUGGUGGGCACUUUUCAUCUAAGUUGCUCGAGUUGGUUGACAGUGAGAAUCUCCCGGAGUUUUUAGGAGGUUCAUGCAACUGUCUUGGGGGAUGUGAGAAUUCCGAUGCUGGUCCUUGGAAUGAAGCUCGUUAUUGCUCAGAUGCUCUGUAUGAUGAACCCUGCAAGGCGGCUGUGUAGAGAUUAGCGGCCUAUCUGGUGCCCCUUUCAGCUCACCUAUGUCCUGGAUACUCAACCAGCUCUGCUGCGCAAGAUAUGGCGUAAUUUUGUCCUCAAAAUGGUACUAAUUCUCAAUUGAUGUAGUCAGACUUUGUGAUGGUAGUGAAAUGCAUACGUUUUCCAUAAUUGUUGUUUAUUCAGAUUUAAUUUUCAAUCAUCCAUGCCGUUUCUGAAUGGCCGCAUAAUGUAGGAAUCCUUUUCUUGUUGAGUCCGUAGAUAGAAGUGAGGCAGUUUCUCAUCUGGCAGAUGAACUUAAUGCAGUUACAACAUAAACUCUUGUGGAAUGCGCUCUAGGCAGGUUGACAACCAUUCUUAGUCCGACAUACAGGAUUGCGAGGAGAGUUACAAUCUCAUUAUCUGACUUUGGAUUGAAGAGUUAGAUGCACUCUUUCAUGAUCUGUUAAUGUUCGUAGUCUCGGACGUACACUCUCACGGAUAGCUAAUGAUCCCGAUGUACAUUUCUAUGUCGUGACAACAAGAAUUGAGUUGUUGUUCUUCAGCAUAUGCCUAUCCUUUCUACAGGAAAUGCAAAAAAACUACUUCAUAAUAAA